CAAUGCUCAGUAAAUAAGUCAUUAUGACCACAGUCAACAAUCUGAGGCAGUUUUAGGCUAUUACACAAAACCGGCUUAUUGGUACCAAAGCCACGGUUCAGAACUCAGACUUGCUAAAUCAGUGUUGGUGUAGUGCAGUGUAGGGCUGCAGCCAGAGUACUGACGAUAGUUAGCAAGAGAGAUCAUAUUUCUCCUAUGCUGGUUUCUCUUCAUUGGCUUCCUGUGAAAUGUAGAAUAGAAUUCAAAAUCCUUCUUCUGACAUAUAAAGCUCUUAACAACCACUCUCCAUCAUAUCUUAAAGACCUGAUAGUACCAUAUUAUCCUAGCAGAACUCUUCGCUCUCAGACUGCAGGCUUACUUGGAGAAGCGACCUGUAACUUCUCUCUAAAAGUAGAAUGGGAGGCAGAGCCUUCAGUUAUCAGCUCCUCUCUUGUGGAACCAGCUCCCAGUUUGGGUUCCGGAGGCGGACACCCUCUCUAAUUUUAAGACCAGGCUUAAAACCUUCCUUUUUGACAAAUCUUAUAGUUAGGACUGACUGGGGGACCCUGAGGGGGUCAGCUGGAGUCUUCCUCUUGGACGUCCCUUAGUUCUGCCCCUAGUUCUGCUGCUACAGGCCUAGGCUGCUGGAGGACCUCUCUGGAUGCACUGAGCCCUUCUCUAUCUACCAUUAUAUUUAAUAUACAGUAUAUAUACCAUUAUUGCAUUACACUCACUCUGUUUCUCCCUGUGUCCUUUCUCCGAGUGUCCCUGAUCCCAGAGCUGGAUGCUUCAGAUCUGUGGUGGUUCUCCCACCAACUGGCCUAAUCUCCAUCUGUGGGAUGCUGCUGCUGCUGACCUUCCUCCAGCCCACUGCUUCCAGCUGCCCAUUUCCAUCAAUCUACUCUGCAUCACCCUCACUAUACUUGAUUUGCUCGUCUACAUAUUUUUGAAUUUACCACCAGCUAUAUAUGUAGUAUAUUUAAUGCCAGAGCCAUACACCGUAGCAGUAAACUAUAAUCAGUUUCCAGCCCAGAGGGAUAUAUGCGCAGAUUUUUUUAAAUACCAUGUAGAAGACUAUAUACAGGAAGAUGAGGUAUCAGUUCUUGCACAUAGAUAUACAACAGUCCUUUAUUACUCCCCAGGUUAGGGGAAAUUUCCAGUGUUAGAGCAGCAAAAAUCUUUCAGAGCAGCACUAACUACAGUUUGCUACAGUAAAGAUAAUAAUUAUAAUAACAAUAAUAUAUACAAGAAUGAAAAAUGAAUAAAUACAGUAUUACUACACUAUAAGUGACAUCAGCAUAAAGUGGCUUGUGGAAUACAUGUAAUUGUAAAAGUGCAGAAAAUGCCAGCCGUGCAAGGAGUUGUGGAGAUUUUCUCAAAACAGGUGAGUCCUGUGAAUAUGACCAAAAUAUGAGAUAAAACUACCAGAAACAUGUACAAAAUGGCCAAAAUAUGAUUGGUUGAUAAUGUAUCAGUGUUGUUAUUGAUUAUUGAUCGGUUGCAGGGACAGAGAUUUGUGUCUGAGUCUCUGCUGUCAUCUAAUCGCUCUCAUGUAAGAUCGUGCCACAGGAGGGGCCGCUACUGACCUCUUGUGGACACAGGCGGUAACGACACGACAUUAUUACUAACGGUAUAGCUGGCGACAUUACAGGUGAGCAGCACUUCCUGUUCAUCUUCAACGUAAAAGCAUCUUUAUUGUACAUUUUAUGUCAAACGUAUUAUUAAGCGAUUUAGGUCGAUUCAGAAGGAUCUCUGGUGUAAACCAAGUCGUAUUUGACGACAGCUAGCCUCUCCACUUGCUCCGAUUACUUUUGUUGUAGUCCGAGUCACGUCCAAACAGGAAACGAAUCCACAAUGUAGCUAAUGACAAUCUAUAGCUGCAUCUCCGUGAUGGCAGCGUUAGCGAGCUAGCAGCUAAUCAGAAGCUAGUGACAAGCUAACUCCAGCGCUACCAGCAGCGUCUCUUUAAAAGGUGCUGAUCACGAUAUCAGGCUGAAACAUUAGACCUGGGACAGGAAACGGAGCUAGAGCUCUGUGUCUUGGAGAGAAUUGAUUUUAGAGCUACGUGUGUUAAGGUAUUAGUCCGUGUCAUAACAAACCCUCGUUAGCAAUUCCGCUAGCUCGGCUAACACUUCCGGUCACGAAUGCAUCUGUACAUUACCUAUAACGUGUUCAUUUUUGAACGUAUAGUGACAACAAACACAAUUUGAGGGAGUCGACAAGCUAGUGGUCCUUAAAUACAUUUUGGUUCAUACUGCAGAUUCUUCUGAGUCUCACAAAACCACGUUUUAGCCUAAGAGCAUUACGAUAGUUUUACGUUGAAACAGGAAGUGCUGCUCAUCUGUACUGUCGCCAGCUUUGCCUCAAAUAAUAAUUAGUGUCGUUACCGCCUGUGUCCGCCAGAGGGGCAGUAGCGCCCCCUGCUCUGAUAAGGAUAAGGAUAAACUUUAUUGAUCCCACAGUGGGUAAAGUUCACCGAGCUGCUUCACUGAGGAGAGUCUUUGAGUUUUCAGAUAAUAUGAUGGCGAAGAAAAUGUGUUACUGCAGUAAAGAUUCCACUGAAUUAUUAUUUGAUCCAUGAUCGAGAGCACUCAGUUCUUCUCCAGUUUGUUGCUGCGGUCCGGUGAACAGGUUGAGAGGACUUUGGGUAUUGAGGCUGCAAGAUCCACCAUCAUCAAUGAGGUUCAGUACACCAUGGUCAACCACGGAAUGAGCAUCGACCGGCGUCACGUCAUGCUUCUUGCUGAUCUUAUGUCCUAUAAGGACCAGACCUGCUGGGAUCUGUACAGAUGUCUUGAUGAGGGUGGGAGUGGUUUCAGUAAAGGAGAGCUGGAUCAGUCUACAAACACAUUGUUGUAACCAGUGUGGGAAAUCUUUCAGGCAGUCAAGUUAUUUGAAACGUCAUAUGCUCAUCCACACGGAAGAAAUUAGUUUUUUCACUGUGAUAUUUCCUCAUGUUUGACAAAGUGGUUAUUAUCUUAACUGUGAAAUAAAAGCCCUCCUUAAACGUUAUUUAAUCUAGUCUCUUUUUCAAAAGAGGCCUGAGAACAACAGACAUUCCAAUAAACUACCCUUAGUUAGUAAAGUGAAACUAAAUCAAUCGUAUUUUUAACUAUUGUAACCAAACCUCCACUGCCAUAUUAGAACAGGAUAUGCUUUUAUUUCUAAAACAUUGCCAAUGAUUUUGACAAAUCAUUCUGUGGUUUUAUUUGAGAAAGUUGUUGCCCCAGCAUUGUCCUACAGGGGGCAGUUGUUUUAAAACUACAUUUGUCUUCCAUGUGUCACCAUUUGCUUGCAUAUUUCAUAAACAUCACAAUCACUAAUUUCCAACUCUAUACUGAUGAUAUUUUCCUGGUUUUCUUAGCUGGCUGGAGAUGAAUUUUUGCAUCCCUACCCUGAUUUUCAUUAUCGAGGCUCGCUUUUUCCCCUAACAUUCUCCCACAACGGGAGUGUUUGACCUUUAAAGUCACGGUUUCUUCUACUGACCGGCACCUUUGUGAUUAAUCCUUGCAGCUCUACUGCAUGAUCUACUGUUUGCUUUACCCCGUUAGUCAUUCUCUACUAACACUGCAGUUUCUGCUGCUGCUGGUUUUCAACAAAUUCCAGGAGAAGAACAUACAUUACUCCCAUUCACGUCUCCCUGUGAUUUACUAUUGAUUUAGCUGAUUUAGCUUUAAAGCACAGCAUGCUCCCCUUCUGUCUUCCGUUAGGCUCUGCUAAGCCUCCUGCUGCUGAAGCUUCUUACCUGAGCAUUGGUUUGGAAAAAUAAGUAAAUAAAGUCCAAGGACUCACCUAUGUGGGCCCCUCAAAAUUUUUCAUUAUCA